AUGGUUAUUCAACAGAAAGCCAUCAGUUUAUCUAAUGAUUUGCAGGAAGAGGAAGGGGCAUCUUCUGAGGUUAAACCUUUUCUGGCUAGUAAAGGCUGCUUUGAAAGGCUUAAGAAGCGCCCUAAUUUACACAACAUCAAAAUGAGCGGUGAAGCUGCCAGUGCUGAUACAGAUUCUGCUAGGAAAUAUCCUGCUGAGCUGAAGAAAAUUAUUGACAAAGGAGGUUGCACAUCAGAACAAGUGUAUAAUGCUGAUGAAACUGGGCUUUUCUGGAAGCUCAUGCCUGCUAGAACUUUUAUUUCCACUGAAGAAAAAUCAGCACCACGCUUUAAAGCAUCCAAAGAUCGUCUCACACUUCUUGUGGGAGGAAAUGCUUCAGGUGACAUGAAAUUAAAGCCCCUACUUGUGUAUCACUCAGAAAAUCCAAAGGCUUUCAAGGGCUAUGCCAAGUCUAAUCUACCUGUGAUUUGGCAUUCCAAUAAAAAGGCUUGGAUGACGAUGACCCUUUUCCAAGACUGGUUCAUUAACUUUUUUUGCCCUGCUGUAGAAAGAUAUUAUGCCAGGCGUAACAUAUCGAAUAAAGCAUUGCUCCUCUUAGACAAUGCACCAAGCCACCCAGUCAAUUUAAAUGAUCUUUCUGAUAAUAUGAGAGUGGAGUACAUCCCCAAGAACACAACUUCCUUGCUGCAGCCAAUGGAUCAAGGUUUUCACAAGAUGAAAGUUUACAGCAAGUUCAACACGACAUUGACACUUGCAAACAAUGUCGGCUUCGAAGAAGUCAUAGAAAAUGAUGUGGCUGAGUUCCUAGAGUCCCAUAGAGAAGAUUUGACUAAUGAAGAUCUGAUGGUGUUGGAACAAGAGCGAGCUGUAGGACAAGAAGAGGAUAUAGAAUCUCCACCCACCCCACUUCAGUUGACAACAAAGGAUAUGUCUGAAGGGUUUGCACUAAUACAGGAAGGUCUGCAAAUCUUUGCUGAUAACGGCCCCAACCGUGAAAGGAGCAUCAAGAUUGCAAGAGCAGUUAACAAUGCUCUCAGUUUCUACACUGAGCUGUACAACGAGAAGGUGCGCCGUAAACAUCAAACAACUUUGGAUGAGCUAUUCACCCUCAGAGAAAAGCCGAAAGCAGAUGAUGAAGCAGAUGAUGAUUUACAGGGCAGGGCAGAAGAGAGUAGUGCUCCUCCCUCUCCCACCCAAUAA